CUUGCUUCUUGCAUAUGCAAAUCAAUUAGGGUAAUGUUUAUCAUAAGGAGAUUUUGUGGCAGUGGAAAAGGGGUUGUGGCAACAUGUUCUUGAUUUCAGUUGUAUCUUCUACAAAUGGAAUUGGCUUCCUCACUUCAACCUCAGUGGAUUCUUUUUUUUUUUUUUUUUUUGCCAUUUACCUCUUGGACUAGACACUGCUCACUAAGCAAGCUGUUCAAUUCACUUACAGAUCAUGAUUUUGGAAGGAGCUGGCAGAAUGAGUAUCAAUUCCAACAGCAAUCUACUCCACCAGCAGCCUUCCUGGACAGACGGAUAUUCCACAUGCAAUGUGUCCAGCAGCUUCUAUGGAACCCAGUGGCAUGAAAUACACCCGCAGUACUGGACUAAAUUUCAAGUCUGGGAGUGGCUACAGCAUCUCCUUGAUACCAACCAACUGGAUGCCAACUGCAUACCCUUCCAGGAGUUUGAUAUCAAUGGGGAACAUCUGUGUAGUAUGAGCCUACAGGAAUUCACUCAGGCAGCUGGGACAGCAGGGCAACUGCUUUACAGCAACCUUCAGCACCUAAAAUGGAAUGGCCAGUGCGGAAGUGACAUGUAUCAGUCUCAUAAUGUUAUUGUGAAGACAGAGCAAACAGAUCCAUCGUUAAUGGUGUCCUGGAAAGAAGAGAAUUACCUGUAUGACAGUGGAUAUGGUAGCACAGUAGAGCUAUUAGACAGUAAAACAUUCUGUCGUGCUCAGAUUUCCAUGACGACACCAAGUCACCAGCCUCCUGAUUCUUCAGAUGUCAAAAAAUCGCAAGAUCAUACCCCAAAGUCCCACACCAAGAAGCACAACCCUCGAGGAACUCAUCUUUGGGAAUUUAUUCGAGAUAUUCUUCUCAAUCCUGAGAAAAACCCAGGAUUAAUCAAGUGGGAAGACCGGUCAGAAGGUGUCUUCAGAUUUUUGAAAUCUGAAGCUGUGGCUCAGCUCUGGGGAAAGAAGAAAAACAACAGCAGCAUGACUUACGAGAAACUCAGCCGGGCUAUGAGAUAUUAUUAUAAAAGAGAAAUCCUGGAGCGUGUGGAUGGUCGGAGAUUAGUAUAUAAAUUUGGAAAAAAUGCCCGUGGCUGGAGAGAAAAUGAGAAUUAAAUAUGUCAAGAAAUAACAUUUAAAACACCUGGAUGUAAAUAUUCAAAGACUAUUUUCUUAUAUUUAUGUACCAAACUGGGGUGAAAAACCAAUUCUGCUUCUGUCGGGAAGAAGGAACAUUAUCAUUAUUGGUGUUAAAAUUAUUUUAUUUGAAGUAUGUCCUGUAUGGGGAAAAAAUGUACACAGUUUUCUGUGAUAUAAGGUAACAUUAUAGAAUUAUGAUUAUUUUUCCCUUUUUGUGAAGUUUUUAUCUUUUUUUUUUUAAAUCAUACAGGCAUAAUGUGAUUUAUGAGUCAUGCAAUGAAAGGGAAGGAGCAAAAUACUAGGGCAUUUAGGGAGUAUGAUAAUCUACUUUGGAAGGCAACUAUAAGUGGAGGAAACAGUAAAGCAUCUCUGAGCCAAGUAGUCUUCUUCCAUAGUCAGCUGGUUUAUAGCUUUCAUUGGCCAAUAUCACUUGUUCCUUCCCUCCUCUGAUUUCUGAGUGUUUUAACACUUUGCUAGCUUCCAGUUGUUUUUGUUGAGUCAUACGGUGGGUUCCUCUUCAGUUAGCUUAUUCCAGCCACAGAGAGCACUGGCUCUGCAAGGCGGCUGUCAGCAUUUGUUUGGAGAACCCAUACUACCUCCACCACUAGGACCUUCUUUUGUAGGCAGAAGUUUAGGACCUGACCUUACCUGGUGCAGAGUAUUCUCCCUAAUCUCCAAAGGGCAUUCAGCUCAUCCCAGGAAAAGGGAUAUUUGUUUUUAACUAACAUCUUUGAGGUGAACUGCAGGAAGAGAGUUAGUCUCAGGGACCAAAAGCUAUUGAAGGAAGAUGAUUGUUUUCUGACUGGGCAAACUUACUAAAAGGCACUGGUUUCCCAGUAGAAAUAUUCAUAUUCCUCCCACUCUCUUAUAUUCCUGAUUAAAGGAUUCAAAUCCAUGCCGUAUGAAGCAGUGAGGAGGUGGGCAAGCAGAACAUAUAUUAAUCCCAUGGCAUGAGGGAGCAGUCUCCCCAGUUCCUUCAAGUAGUAUGGUCCUCCUGGCAGAUCAAGUCUCACUUGGACAGAUACUUUGAAAAAACCUUUGAGAAAUGCAAAGCUCCAUUGUAUGUAAAAUAUUAGUUCCCUUUGCUUUUCUCAAGUCUAACUCUACUUUGUAUUUGUGGGCGCUGCUUGGGAUUCCUAGUUGGAGAAAACCCCACCAACCUAAAGACACUGAAAUUUGGGGACAUUCAGAUGUCGGUCAGUAUUUUGGGCUUAUCUCUAGCAGUGCUAUGCGGAGACUGAACAUUCAUUGGCAGCUUUUUCUUUCUCCAAGUCAUGAAUGUUUCCUGCUGGCACAAAGCACAUGCAGAGCAUGGGGAAAUAAAAACUAGAGGAGGCAGCACUUCACGAGGUCACUGAGUACAUGAGAUGUGGGAAUUGAGAAACAGGAUUUUCUUGGUGAUGUUAACAGAGGUGAAACCAAGAUCGUUUCCAGCUCACUUUUUCAGGGGUGGGGAAUUUGGAAAACAAUAACAGGGACUGAGAAGUCCAGAACAAAAAAACCCCCAAAACAAAGAAAAAAACCCAAACAAAACAAAACCGAAACAAACACAACAACAACAAAAACCACACCAACCCCCCCCCCAAUUAACAAUAUUAAAUCCAUCCAAUAUCCAUUUCCUCAGGUGUCCCCUGGAUUUUAAUCCAUAUUAGUCUGAAGUGCAGCAAGGUACAGCUGGAGGUUGUAGGAUAUUCCAUUUUUUUAACUGUCUUUAAAGGGAAUAGAGAUGAAACCAAGCCACAGCAGAACUAUCAAUGUAAAAGGAAUCAAAUGUGUGUAGCAACAAUUUAUAGGCAAACAUGAGAGCCUAACUUGCUAUCUACACAUGUAGGACAUGUCAAACAAUAACACCACCUCCUACACUGUGUAUGCCAGAGCUGUCACCAUCAAUUACCCAUACAUGACAAUUUCUUAUUUUUCAUAACCUGGGUGGAGAGAGGUUCAUCUUAUUUACAAAUCAAAUCAUGAGCCGCUGUACUUCAAAGCAUUUUUUCCUCUCAGUCUAUCUCCCUCUCUUUUCUUUUCUUGACUGACUGUCCUAGCCUUGCUUGCUUUUGCACAACUCAAUAAUUUCCUUUUUUUUUAUAGCUUGAUUAGCUACAUUGCACUUCGUUUGCCACCAUUUUGUAGUUCAUAUGACAAGAACCAGGUCACCAGAGGAGGAAAGCACCUUCACUUUGCUCCAAAGACCAUUCCUUCCCCCCACCCCACUGGUAUUUGCAGCCAUUUGAUCCAUGCUCUUCACCCUCCUCCCGUCCCCCCGCUCCAGUCCACACCUAGGGUGACUAUUUUAAAUCAGUGGUACUGUCACAAAUCUGUAGUACCUUAUCUCAGGUUAACAUACAUCUUACAGCAACUGAUUCUAAUACUUUCAAAAAGCUGCUUCACCAAAUUUCUUGGGAGAUAAAAUGAACUUGUGAUAUACAUGCGUCGCCAUUUGGUUACCAAGUAGCAGCUAAAUA